AUGGCCGUUUUUGCAGACACACCAUCAUCAUCAGAAGGCCAGAAGAACAACAAGCGGCGACGACGAGAUUCGUCUCCUUCCGAAAAUUCCAGUACCAAUCCGCCCGACGAGUCGUCUGUCAUCAACCGGGUCCCGCCGGGAAAGGAGCGUCGCCGCACGCAAAUGCGUCUGGCACAGAGAGCCUACCGGCAGCGCAAGCAGAACGAGCUAUCGACAACGCACAAACGACUGUCGGAAAUAGGCGACGCUGUCACGGACUUGGGGACUGCGUAUAACAGUCUGAGCUCGAUGCUCACGACUUCCGGCUUCCUCCCGCUGUGGCCGGAUCUAGCACAAAAUUUGGAGGAGACGACUGGCAAGUUCCAGGCGCUGGCGCAGCUGUCUUCGUUGUCAGAGAACGAUUCAGACCAGAAAAGCUCGGAGUCGCCGCCGCCGUUGCCGGCUCAGGCGCUGUCCACAACAACUUCUAGCAGUCAAGAUAAUCUAGGCAUGCUGCUACCUCCAUCCACCUACGCAGGCUCGAGCUCGCCGUGCCAGGAAGCAGGCUUCGUGGUGCCCAAGGUGGAAGAUGAUACAACAACAGCAGCUUUUAACAUGACCAGUUCCAAUCUGCUGUUUUACCCGCAGACCAUGCCACCGUAUGAGCCACAGGUCACGCUGGCGACAAACACGAGCGGCGUGCCUGUGCCAAAUAACAACAUUCCCCAGCUCCCUACGCCGACGUAUCUUACUCCACCGACCUCAUACAGCUACCAGGAGACAACAUUUUCACGCCGUCUACAACGCAAAUGCGUCGAAAGCGCCUACCGCGUGCUCAUCAGCGACCGCGUCCAUCCCGCCAAAAAGGCGCGAAUCUUCAAACUAGUAUUCCGCAUCUGGAACAAAAGACACCUGACCGAGAAAUUCCGAGAGUCGGCUUUGGGAUGGGAGGUUGAUGAUCCGGCCACGCCGUAUUUUUCCGUCGGAGGCGCUGGCACUCACUACCCGCGGACCUGGAACCAGCUGGUGCAGCCGGUCACCAACGGGCCCUGGCCAACGCACAUAGCUCAUAUCCAGCACCAGGGACCGGAUAAGAGCGUCGAGGCCAUUGUGCAUGCUUUGGGUAUGGACGACGGCGACUGGUUUGAUUGUCUAGAUAUCGAGGGCCAUUUGCGCGGGAUGGGCGUGUACCUCGAAGGCCACACCACGUACGCCGAGUUUAUGCAGGGAAAUGUCCCGGCUGUUCUGAAUGUUGACCAAUUUCUUGACCGAAUUAUGUCGAAAGCGGUGUGUUUAGGGCGAAGUCCAGGUUUUAGAAAACGCGAUGUCGAGCAGGAAUUCUUUCGGUCGGUCGAGUCUUGA